AUGAAUGUUAACGAAAUACUAUCUAUAUAUGAUAGUUUAUAUUCCAUUUUUGAUAAAUAUAUUCUAAAUAAUAAUAAAGAUGGAAUUUCUAACUACAAUUCUAUAUUUGUCAAGAAAGAAUUUGUUGAAUUUUUAACAUAUGAUGCUAAUAUAAAAAUUGUAUCCAAUAAAAAGGUUAUAAAGAAUAAAGAUGAAAUAAUUGAUGAACUUCUUUAUGCCUUUAAAACUAUGGGAUCUUAUAUUAAUAAGAGUGAUUUAUUUUCAAAAAAUGAAGAAAUAGAAGAUAUAAAUACAAAAUAUAUUAAACUAUUACUUAUCCCAUUUAUUUUAGGGAACUUAUGUUAUGAAACAUUAAAUAUAAAUAUUCGAUAUGAAAGACUAAAAGAUGCUAUAUUAUAUUAUAAUGAAUUUCUUAGAUUAAUAAAUAUGUUUAAAAUUAUUGUAAUCGAUGAUUAUUUAUAUGAAGAAGAAGGGACACAAACAAAUCUAAUGUACAGAAGAAAUAUAAAAAUUAAGAGAGCAAAAGAUGAACAUAAAUUUGAACUAAUGUAUAAUGAUAUAUUCCAAAAAUUUAAUCAUCAAUACAAUAAACGAAAAAUAAAAGAUGUACAACAAAAUAUAUCUAAUAACACAUAUGAUAUAUAUGAUGAUAUAGACGAUGAAGAAAUAAGAAAAAUGUAUAUCUCCCUAAUUCAACAUAAAUGUAUGCAAACAUUAAAUACAAUUGAUUUAAUCCAUACCGAAUUACCCCUUUUAAAAAUGAGAAAUGAUAAACAGCAAGAACAAAGAAAUAAAAAUGAAGAAAAUGAAGAAAAUAAAGAAAACAAUAAUAAAAAAUAUAGUAAUAGUAAUAAUAAUAAUAAUAAAAAUAAUAAUUAUUAUAACCAUUCUUCAAAUGAAAUAAAAAAUGAAUCAAUUAAAAAACCAUGGUUCUUUACUAUUAAAAAAAAUAUGAAACCAUCGGAUAUAACCGAACUAAGAAAUUAUUAUAAAGAUUUAGUUUUUAAACCUUUUCAUAAUUUACCAACCAUUUCUUUAGAAGAAUGUGCUCAAAUGGAAAUGCAGUAUGCCUUAAAAGGUACCAAUAAUAACGAUAUUAAUAAUACACAAGGGUAUGGAAACCAAAACGAAGAAAAGGAACUAUUAAGAAAUGAAAAGAAUGAUGAUUACUACAAGGAAGACUUAAAAAAAGAACACGAAAAGGACUUACAUGAUAGAGAAUGGGACGAUUGGAAAGACUUACACCCGAAGGGUAUAGGAAACAAAAACAAAAAUAUAAGUUAA